AUGGAAGUUAGCAACUCUUCAUUGAAGAAGGGGGCCCCCCCUGAUCCUGCGCUGCCUUCACUGCCGUCUACGGGGGGCCCCCUAUUGGGGGCCCCCGACAGCAGCAGCAAAGCGAGGAGGCGUGCUGCUUGGGGCCCUGCAGCAUAUUCUGAAAUAUCUCUGGAGUGUAUGUACAGCGGAAUCAACAGUAAAGAGGGCCCCCAAGGGGGGGCCCCCAAGGACUGGGGGGCCCCCUAUUCGUACCCUUUUCUCCCGGGGCCCCGUGAAGUAUGUCGGGGGGCCCCCACCACUAUAAAUAAACAAAUGCAGUUUGCUGCUGAUUAUAAAAAAGAUUUUCAGGGGGCCUUUGAUUUGCUGCUGUCCUGCCCAGUUCGUGAGGAGGAAGGAAGAGCUGCUGCUGCACUUGCGUCUCCAAACAACCAUCGAAAAGAAAGAAAGCAGCAGCAACAGCAGCAGCAACAGCAGCAGCAGGAAUCUGGAGAGGAUAUAGGAGCAGCAAAGAGCCUCCGGCAGCAGCUGCACCAGCUGCGAGCCGAAGGGCAGCGUCGUGCUGCACGUCUUCGAAGGGAGCGUCAGGUGCUGCAGCAGCAACUGGCUGAGGUGCGUCAGCAGCAGCAGGUAUUGUUGCUACGACAGCAGCAGCAGCAGCAGCGGAGCAACACGAGCAGCAGCAGCAGAGCCAGCCUAGACAGCAGCAGCAACAGCAGCAAGCAAGGCUCAGGCGAAUCCCUAUGCAAGCCUAAUCUACUCUCUGAUGAAGUGAAGGGCCCCGGGGGCCCCCAGGGCCCCGGGGGUUCAGGGGGCCCCCGGGGCCCCCGGGGGGCCCCCUACCCUCCCUUUACCCCUCGAAUGGUGCUGCUGCAUGUUUAUGAUUUAACUCCUGCUAUCUCUAAUUAUGUUAAUCGCAUUAUGCGUCCUCUUGGGGCUGGGGCUUUUCAUGCGGGCGUUGAGGUGUACGGACAGGAGUAUUGCUUCGGGCAAACCUCAGGUUAG